AUGGCUGACUUCGAUGAGAAAGCGGGGACGGUAGACGUCAAGACGAAGGACUACACAUGGACGCAGACGAUCGAGGAGGUGGCAGUGUCGGUGCCGGUGCCUAUCACGACGCGUGGGCGCGAUUUGGAGGUGGUGAUCAAGAACAACCUGCUCAAGGUCAAAUUCAAGAACGACCCGAAGGCGAUCAUAGAUGGCGAGCCCUACGGCACAGUCAAGGCCAAAGAAUCGAUCUGGACGCUUGAGGACAGAGACAAGGAGACGAAGGAAGUGCGAAUCUUGCUGCAGAAGGCAAUCUCGCACGAAUCGUGGAAGGGACUGCUCAAGGGCGACGCCAUUGACUCGUUCACUGCCGACCAGAUGGAUAGGAAGAUGAUGCUCGAGAAGACUACCCAGGCUUCGACUUCAGCGGUGCCCAACGACCCCAAGAAUUGGAUGAAGGAUCUGGGAGCACAGAACGAAAAUUGA